GCACUGCGGAGGGGAGGGCCGUACGGGGCAGCCGCAAGAUGGCGGCGAGCGGAGUGGGGCAGCGGACCAAGGAGGCGCAGGCUCUGGAGCGGAAAGCAGACUGGCGGCGCUGUAAGCAGGAGAGAAAAGCAGAGAAGAAGAAAUGGAGGGAACUAAAGCUGCUGAAGAAGCUGGACAAGCAGCGGGCGCGGGAGCUGGCGGAGAAGCAGGCGGAGAAGCAGGCGGAGAAGCAGGCGGAGAAGCAGGCGGACAAAGGCCGCCCUCCCACGCUCAGCGUGGCCCUGCCGGGCUCCAUCCUCAACAACGCCCAGUCCCUGGAGCUCCGCACCUAUCUGGCCGGGCAGAUCGCCCGCGCCUGUGCCAUUUUCUGCGUGGAUGAGGUCGUGGUGUUCGACGAGGAUGGAGAGGGAGUGAAGACCGUGGAAGGGGACUUUAAAGGCAUCGGGAGAAGAGGCAAAGCCUCCGUGCAGCUGGCACGGAUCCUGCAGUACCUGGAGUGCCCUCAGUACUUGAGGAAGUCCUUUUUUCCCAAGCAUGAGGAUCUGCAGUUUGCAGGGCUCCUCAACCCCCUGGACACGCCCCACCACAUGCGGCUGGAGGAGGAGUGCCCGUACCGGGAGGGAGUGGUGCUGGACAGGCCAAGCAAGCCAGGCAAAGGCUCUUUUGUGAACUGUGGGAUGAGGAAGGACGUGGAGAUUGACAAGAAGCUGACCCCUGGCCUUCGAGUCACAGUGCAGCUGGAGAAGCCUGAGCAGCCAGAAGGCAAAGUGAGGAAGGGCUCCGUGGUGUCCUCGCAGCACCCCCGGACAGCCUCAGGGCUCUACUGGGGCUACAGUGUCCGCCUGGCCUCCUGCCUGAGUGCUGUCUUCUCAGAGUGCCCAUUCAAGGAAGGCUACGACCUCUCCAUUGGCACCUCAGAGCGGGGCAGCCCCCUGGACCAGGCUGCUCUUCCCUCCUUCAGGCAUGCCCUUGUUGUCUUUGGAGGGCUGGAGGGUUUGGAAGCUGGGGUUGAUGCCGACUCGAACCUGGAGGUCACUGACCCAAGCCUGCUGUUUGACUUCUACCUGAACACUUGCCCCAGCCAGGGCAGCAGAACCAUCCGGACAGAGGAGGCCCUGCUGAUCUCCCUGUCUGCACUGAGACCACACCUGGAGGAGGCUGUGAGGACACCCAGAGACAGCUGAGGAAUGGGACCUGGCCUUGGGCUGAGGAGUGCUGGCGGAAGUGCUGCUGAAAUCCCCAGUGCUGGGCAAGUCAUCAAGACACAGCAAGGGCUGGCUGCUGUUGGCAUCAGCAGUUCUGCACCCUCCUGCCUGCGGGUCCAGCCACGGACUGGGCACUGCCCCUCAGCAGCUGGGACAUCUGGGGUGGGGAAUAAAGCAGAAUUGAGCCUCA